GAAGGCACAGCUUCUGAAGUUUCAUUUCUUUCAUAGGAUGGCGAGCGUGGCAACUGAAAUCAACCGUUUCAUGAGUUGCUCCAAAAGACUACAAAUUAUCUUAGACGACACUAAACGAUGUUUUGAUGAUAUCAAUGAAUCGGGAAAAUCCGAAGCUGGUCAGCUGUUUUCAGCUGAGCUACUGCAGGAGGAAGAGCAGGAAAUCCUGGCCACAGCAAGAAAACCCCCAGGCAUUGUCAUUUUUGGACAGAACUCCCACUGCAAAUCCUGUGUGGUUAACGAGAUCUUCAAUCGAAAUAUUUUCCCUAGAUUUGAUAAUGGAGAUAUCAAUGGAAAUAAUCGGAUGGUUCAAUUUAAAUAUGGAAGCAAUCUUUCUGUUGGCUUAUCACUUCCAGAUGGUUACGAUCUGGCUGAAAAUUUGGAAGCCUAUAAGAGGCCCUGGAGUACAAUACCAAUACAGGACAUUGAAAUUUCAGAAAACUCCAAUUUAGAUGGUGCUAACGGAACAGCUGUGUUGGAAGUAUCUCUGAAUCACUCGAUGCUCCGUCAAGGAGCUAAAGUGAUAGUAUCUCCGUCCAUGAAUGACUUUGGAAAUGACCUUGAACAGAAAUACAGUAAAUGUUGUGAGAAGAUCUCUCCCAUCCUGCUUUAUGCAUUCCAGACUUUGGAACUUACAGAAAGUGAUUUAAAUUUCCUGAAGAAGUUACAGACUGUAAGUCAUUAUCAGCCAGUGUGUUUCGUUGGGAUAAAUACCAGAACUUCAGAUUCUAGUGAUGAAAGGACAACAGAUGAAAAUGUAUCACAACAAAGACUUCAGUCAGAAACAAAUUUCAAUGGUGUUGUAGAUACUCUCGAUGACAAUGAAAACCACAACCUUUUGACUAGUAUUGAUGAACCAGAAUACCAUGUAUCUCCCAUGUCGUCGCCUUUGUCGAGAAGUCAGUCCAAAAAGGUGUGUAGAGCUGUGAUAUUGUCGUCUUCUACAGUGUUCCAACAACUCUGUGAUAUUGGUUACUUGAGUGAAAGUCCAGGUGCUAGAAACCUUUCCAGUACAAUGACUACUGAUUAUUACGAGGUCGAUAGUGAACUUAUCGAUAAUUUUUCCUCAUUUUCUUCAAGGAUUGUGUAUUUUGUUCAACAGACAAUUCAGCGGUAUCUUGUUAAUGCAGCAACCGUUCUAAACAACUGUCAUGAACGUUGUCUCAAUAUGUUCAUUGUCUCCGCCUUUGACAUGGCCCGUGACAUGAUGAUCACGCCUAAAAAACUUGAAUUUGCACGUGAAAAAGAGACAGAGUUGUACAAAUCUCUAAUGAAGAUUUCUGUGGAAAAAGGAGAUGAGAUAAAAACAAUGAUAUCAGAGACCAUUCAAGGCAUUCAUCAGGAAUUGGUUGAUAAAGCAGCUCAGUAUGAGUUUUUAGGUGUGGACUUUGACGAGCAGGGUGUGAUAUUAACCACCAAGGGCCUUAAGAUAUGUACUUACCAGAUACAAGAACUAGUGCUGGGUGCCCUUAAUCAGGCCAUCGCUGGAAAUCUAGUCCGAUCAGUGGAUGUGCUUCGUGAUACUUACACAGGAACCUUAAGUCGAUGUCUGGAAAGUCUUGAAAGGUUUGAUGCUGAUCACUCUCCAAGUACAAGCAGCAAAUCCACUAGUGAGGCACUCAAACAGAUCCUGAAUGCUGCCUACCAAGUGGAGAUCAGUCUCCAGUCAAGUUCUUCGUUCCUCCGAGUCAUACUGGAGCGCAUGAAACAGUUGGUCAAGGCCAUGCCAUGGAGUACUCCACCACGAAUUGACCUGGAAUGGAAGAAGAAGGCUGCAGCAGACAUUCUUGCCAAUCUCAGUGAAGCCAGGUUGGCUAAGAGUAUCUCAUCGCAGAUCAAAGAGAGAUUGAACAAAUCACAUGAUGCCUUUGCAAUUGCACUUCGGCAGUUAGAGCAGAAACACUCUGGGAGGUUGGACAAGAUUGAGGAUGAGCGCCUCAAACUGCGAAAGGUUCAUGCCCCCCGUGUGGCAAAGGUUGCCCUGGAGAGCACUUCACUCAAGGAUGUUAUUCUCCAUGGUACACCUCAGAUGAGUCGAGAGAUUGGUCGAGGUCAGUACGGUGUGGUGUACUCCUGUGACUCCUGGAGUGGCUUUUCUCCCUGCGCCAUCAAGUCUGUUGUACCUCCUGAUGACAAACACUGGAAUGACCUAGCUUUAGAGUUUUACUACACAAAGAACAUUCCACCACAUGAACGAAUUGUGGUACUGAGGGGAUCCGUAAUAGACUACAUGUAUGGCGGGGGAACCAGUCCUGCCGUUCUCCUCAUCAUGGACCGACUUCAGCGGGAUCUAUAUGCAGCUAUCAAACAAGGCCUAGACUGGGUCAGCAGGCUGCAGGUGUCAAUAGAUGUUGUAGAGGGAAUUCGCUUCCUACACAGUCAAGGUCUUGUACACAGGGACAUUAAACUCAAAAAUGUAUUGCUGGACAACGAGAAUCGUGGUAAGAUCACAGAUUUGGGAUUUUGCAAGCCGGAGGCUAUGAUGAGCGGCAGUAUAGUAGGCACGCCCAUCCAUAUGGCACCGGAACUCUUCUCUGGUCGCUAUGACAACAGUGUAGAUGUGUAUGCCUUUGGUAUUCUGUUCUGGUAUGUGUGUGCAGGGCAUGUCAAGCUUCCCAGUGCAUUUGAAAAGUGUGAUAACAAGGACCACCUUUGGACAUCAGUGAAAAAGGGUCUACGUCCAGAGAAGCUUGCAACUUUUGAUGCUGAUUGUUGGAAUCUGAUGGUGGAAUGCUGGGAAGGUGAGCCCUUGAAGCGCCCUCUAUUGGGAAAUGUUGAAACCCGUCUUCAAAAGAUUCAUGAACACUUCUGUAAAAUACAGCCAAGAUCAGAUUCACCAUUGGCUAAGAAGGGAGAUAAUCGAUCUCGAAGAAUUUCAGGAACACGGUCAAGGCUGCAAUCCAAUCAGUAAUAUAAGCUUUGUCAGCUGUGUAAGAUCUUAGUGACCUCGUUCUGACAUCCAUUAACUGUCCUUUUCUUAAAAUCAUUGACAGAGUUUUAAAUGAAGACAAGGAUCAUAUUUCUUUCCAAUGUGGUUUAUGUAUUAACUAGUGGAAACUUGUCAAUUUCUGCUUAACAUGUGUUGCAGAUAGCUGUCUGACUUUUGUUAAACAAAUUAACUGUGUCUCAUUGUGCAACAAAAGACCAAAUGGAAGGUGUAAUAUUUUAAGGAUGUUGUUCACAGAUUUUUAGCCCACCAUCAUCAGAUGGUGGGGUAUUCAAAUCGCCCUGCUUCCGUCGUCCAUCCGUCCGUCCGUCCGUAAACAAUUCUUGUUACCGCUAUUUCUGGGAAGGUACUGGAUGGAUCUUUCUCAAAUUUCAUAUGCAGGUUCCCCUUGGUCCCUAGUUGUGCAUUGUACCUUUUUUUGACUGAUUCAAAUUAAAGAUGGCCGACAGGCAGCCAUCUUGGAGUUUGAAAGUAAAAUUUUGUUACCGUUAUUUCUGGGAAAGUACUGAAUGGAUCUGUCUGAAAUUUCAUAUGCAGGUUCCCCUUGGUCCCUAGUUGUGCAUUGUACCUUUUUGGACUGAUCUGAAAUCAAGAUGGCUGACAGGCAGCCAUCUUGGAUUUUAAGAGUAAAAUCUUGUUACCGCUAUUUCUGAGGAAGUACUGGAUGGGUACUUCUGAUAUUUCAUAGGUAUUGGUUUCCCUUGGUCCCUAGUUGUGCAUUGUACUUUUUUUGACUGAUUUGAAAUCAAGUUGGCCCAUAGGCAGCCAUCUUGGAUGUCGACAGUAAUACAGCACAAGCAUAUUUUCUUUGAUAUUCUAUCAUAUUGAUUCAAGACCAUGUCCAUUAUCCACCUGUAACUGACUGCUAUCUAAUAAUACUUUGGGAUUUUUUCAAAUGAUAUUUGCUAAUAGGUGCUUAAUAAAAAUAUCUUGUGCCAUCAUUGAGUACAUUCAAUGAAGACCAAUUCAUGAACAUUUACAACACCUGUAACAAAAAAAAAAAAAAAUAUUUAAACAACUCAUUAAGAACUGAAAACAGAUCCUGAAAUGGUGGGCGCCAAGAUCCCUCUGGGAUCUCUUGUCCUUUAAAAUACAAUUUCAUCAUAUUAACCUGAUAUUAGACAUUAUCAUGACCAGCUCAAAUCAUUAUAAAAAUUAUGUGUCAAAGUUUGUAUGUUAAUGAAUAUAUUUCAGCAGUAAUCUUAUGUUUAUUCAGGUUGAUAGUGUUGCACUAAAACAUAGCUAAUUGCUAUUUGCUGUUCUUGAAUGGUGUUCCCAAUAGCGAUUGAUCAUUGUUUUUAACAAAUCCAUCAUUGUACUGGUUUCCCAAAAAGCGAAAAUGCAAAAAAAUUUGAUUAUCUAUUAUUCUUAAUGAUUCUUCAAAACAUAAUGUUAAGCAUCUGUGACUGUGAAGAACACUGAAGCUUGUAGGUGCUGUAAAACAGGUUUAUCACAUUGUCAUGGGUUUAUUUGAAAAUUGUAGAUUAGCUCACAGUUGUUGAUGUCCUACCAUCGAGAGAUUACACUGAAAUAUUGUUGACCGUUUUAUUGUAAAAAGUGUUCUCGUUACAGGAUAAUGUCACUUGAUCUGACAGAAUGCUUCUAUCUUUGUUCUAAUUUAUUUGAUAGAUAAUACCUGUGUGUUUGUUAUAUAUAUAUGUUCAUUUAUAUAUAAUUUAUUUACAUGAAAUGUGUCAUUGUUUCACUGUAAUAUAGCUGUUGAGAUUAUAACGUCAGUGUUCCUGAAUACCUUACAUCUAUGGAACAUCUUACAUGUACAGUCUGCUUUAGGAUAUAUCCUAGGCUCUCGUCUAGGUUUAUUUCCUUCUUUUCUGUAUAAGUUAAGAGUUACCAAUUUUAAGGAUAUAUGCUACCUUGAGUUAUUUCCCUUCAGUAAUAUUGACUGAAGUUAUCUCCUUUCCUUAAUUAUUGUAACUUUGAUUCCUGAUUCGACUUGCCUUAAAUGUAUAUACUAUAAUUUUUAAUGGUAUACUUGUGAGUUAUGUUUGUGUUGUCUUUCAUCAAAAUUAUUUUCAAAAAUAUUCCUAGUCUAUUUCAACCCAUAAUUUGGAACUCACGAAAAAAAGUGCAUGGAAGUAUACGGUACCAUGUAGUCUGGAGCUUUUAAACACUAUUGAAUUUGAAAACAUGUUCAGUUCCUGCUAUUUAGAUUUAGAAUCCUAUUUAUAGAUCAAUAAAGAUCCUGUACAUUUUUGUCAAUUAUUUCUUGACAAAAAGCAAUUGCUUUUUUUUCAGUAUGCAGAUGACACAAAUAUUCGAAUAAAUAGAAUAAAACUAAUGACUUGAAGUUCCAGUGGUUACAUAAAAUGUCUUCACCAUGGUAGUUUAUACAACAGUGUAAAUAACCUGACACUUAAGCAUUGAACUGCUUUCACUUAUGAUAUCAAUUCUAACAGGGUAAGGGCAAAUUCAAUGAAGCAGUUCAAUGCUUAUAUUUACUGUUUUAUUUACUUAUUUUUGUUUAUUAUAAGAGAACGUAUUCUCAGUUUGCUGACAUUAUUUGCAAUAUUCCUACUCUGUUGAUAGUUCAUUAGUUGGUAACACACAAGUGACAUUGAUAAAGAUACGUCCUAGCUGUGCCAUACAAUGGUAAAUAUUGUGAAAUAAUCAUACAUUGCAUCAAUUUUCAUAGUUAAUGAGAAAGAAAAUUGCCAACACUUAGUGUUCAAUAUGUAAACCUCUCCAAACAAUCUAUACUAGAAAAAUGUUUAAGAACAAAAACAAAUCACUGGAAUGGAUAUUUCAGAAUUCGUGAAUGUUUGAUAUCUUCUGUAUCACUACGUGUUCUAAGCACACUCCAUAUCUGCAAGUCAUUUAUGUGUUAUCAGUUUAGUUCAUUGCUUCGACUAAUGGCAUUCACAGACUAGUAAACGCAUUACAGCUAUUAUAUAUAUAGAUGUGCCAUACUUACAUGAUACCUUUGUGUGUAUUUGCUUCUAAAGCUUCAUGCUUGUUAUGUAAAUGUGAAUACAGGUGGUAUGAAUGUGAAAGUGGAGUGAAUGUAACUGACACUAUGUCACAAUAGAAUCAUUUAACAGAAAGUUUGUACUAAUGGGUAUUGUACUGUUUAUAUAAAUGUAAAAUAUCAAUCUCUUCCUGGUUCUAGAAAAAGCUUUUUAGAUUAUGACAUUUUGUAAGAAACAGAAACAGGUGUUUACGACUUUCUGUGUAUUUCACUCAUCAGUGGCUUCUCUCAGAGUACCUUGGAUCAUGAAGUGAUCACUGAGUUUAUCUUGCCAGUGAACUAUCUUUCCUUAUUUGUCCACUCUGUUAAUUGAGUUCAGGAGUUCAGAUACAUUGAUGGAAUUGACAAUAUAUCUGUAUCACCCAGGUGUGCAAUUCAUUGCAGUAAGCUUCAUGGAACUUUAGGUUAAAGAUUGAAGUAAAUUUUCAGUUAAUUUUCUGUGUACUGUUCAUUUAAAACAAUAUAUCUAGAAAUAUUAUUGAAUCAUGUAAAAGUCACCUUGAUCAUGACCUCAAGGUCAUUGGAAAAAAGGGCAAAGCAGAAAAAUGCAUAUUGGCAUACAGAAGAUUUUUUUAUUUUGAAAAUAUGCUUUUGAAAUUAAAACUACAACUUCUUGUACAAUAUUUUUGUAUGGUUGUUAUCACAUUUUGUGUGUGAAAUGACUAUAAUGCAGAGGUUGUCUUUUAUACAAAUAUUAUACAUAUGUAUUAAAAAUGCUUCCAAUAGUUAGUAUUG